GUUCAGUUCAGAAGCACUUAAAGGAGCACAGUGAGAGUGAAACACUCUCAAAUGUCAACCCAAUCACUUCAGAUUCCGAAUUCCAAUAUGGGCGGUAAAAGAAAUUCUUCUUCUUCAUCUUUAUCUUCUCCAAGUCUAUGGCUGGCUUCGAAUCCAAGCAAGCGAUGGGGGGAGCUCUUCUUCCUGUUUUACACUCCCUUCUGGCUCACUCUCUGCCUCGGAAUCGUCGUCCCUUUCAAGCUCUACGAGAGCUUUACGGAAUGGGAGUACUUGCUUAUUGGAUUGGUCUCGGCUGUUCCUUCUUUUUUGUUACCCAUGUUAUUUGUUGGAGAGGCAGAUAGAAGCUUGUGUUUCAAGGAUCGUUAUUGGGUCAAGGCCAGUGUGUGGAUAAUACUUUUUAGCUAUGUUGGGAAUUACUUUUGGACCCACUAUUUCUUCACGGUUUUAGGAGCUUCAUAUACUUUUCCAUCAUGGAAGAUGAACAAUAUACCCCAUACUACAUUCCUUCUCACACAUGUUUGCUUCCUAUUUUAUCAUGUUGGAUCAAACAUGACGCUUCGCAGACUACGCCAUGCUAUUGCUGACAUGCCAAAACAAGUCCAAUUGAUUUUCGAGGCCUCAUGGAUAUUGGCCUUUUCUUAUUUCAUAGCAUACCUGGAGACUGUAGCUAUUUCCAACUUCCCUUAUUAUGAAUUUGUCGAACGGGAGGUUAUGUACAAAGUUGGGUGCUUGUUUUAUGCCAUCUACUUCAUUGUUAGCUUUCCCAUGUUUCUGAGGAUUGACGAAAAACCCGGUGAUGCAUGGGACUUGCCAAGAGCCGCCAUUGAUGCUCUGGGUGCCGCGAUGCUGGUAACGAUCAUACUCGAUCUCUGGCGCAUAUUUCUGGGACCUAUUGUCCCGAUUCCAGAAUCAAAACAGUGCAUUCAACCUGGUCUACCAUGGUUCCCGGGGCAUGAAAACUCGACUUAACAACCGCGCUACACGGGGACCUUGAUUCGGUCAGCUCCCUUCGCAGCACCAACAAUGUAACAAGUUUCCGAGUUAGCAUUUAGCAAUUGCUGGCUUAAUUGAGUUGAUUUACUAGUUAGUGUACCAUACUCUCAUCACUGUAAUUUUGACCACCAUGACUUGAAUUGAAUUGCAUUGUUCAAUUUUAUAUUCGAAAAAUCAAAAG